CCAAACAGUCAUUAGUCGAGUUUCAUUUCCAUUGAGAGGAUUAGGUAGCCUGCCAAACCGUGAGAGAUUUGAAUAUUGAGCUGUUCCAAGGGCUUAAUACAAAGAUUUCAAGUACCAUGUCCACGUUAACAUCCAUUCCUUCGAAUAGCUCCCGUAGUCUCAAUCUCCAUUCUCGCCGUCGGCCUCAAGCUCAGAUCAUUGGUUCCUCUCUCCGAUGGUUAUUGGCAAGCCGAGGGGCGCAAUCCGCCCGCAUGACUGGAAAAGGCCGGAGCGAACUCCAUACGGUGACGAACAGCAGCAGUCUCCCAGGAGCUCCAAAACCUCCAUCACUCAAUCUCCCUAGCUGGGCAUGUUGGAUUUUGCGAUCGUUACUCUCUAUAGUUCUACCAUUUUUGAAGCUAAAAGGUGGAUUUUCACAGAUAAUAGGGAAGGUUGAACAAGUGGUGAAUAUGGUGGAAGAUGUAGUCGAGGCUGUGGAGGAUGUUGCCGAGGUGGUGGAACAUGUCGCGGAUAAGGUGGGAGAUAAUCUUCCCGACAAUACGCCGCUGAAGUGUGUUGCUUUGUGGGUUGAGAACGCUGCCAAAGAAGUGGGGGAUGAUGCUGAACAGGCCAAAGACUUCAUUGACAAGGUAGAGGACUUGACGGAAGAAGUAGAGAAAAAGGGGGACCAGCCCAUAGAUUCCUUCACAGGUGAUGAAGGUGAGGCCGUCCAGAAGGAAACAAAUGCCGUUGGAUUGAAGGAAGAGGUGGGUCAGCCCCUCAUUGAACAAGAGGAGCUGAUCAUGAAAGAGGAAGCACCUGUUAAAGAAGAGCUGAUCAUGAAAGAGGAAGCACCUGUUAAAGAAGAGCUGAUCAUCAAAGAGGAAGGACCUGUUAAAAAAGAAGCGAGCACACGUUAGACAGAUAAGGAAGCCAUGUGAGCCUGAUUGGAUUAAAGUUCUUCUUUGACUAGUCAAGCCAUCAGAGCUGGUGGUGAAAGAUGCUGGCUUAGCUACCCGAACCAGUUAAUGUUAUUUAUUUAUUUAUGUAUAUUCUUCUGGCAAUAGAUCUUAUGUGCGAUUACACAUGUAAUGGUAUGGUUGGAGUAGAUUUAUCCGGUUAAAACUCAAAGGCUAGGAUCCCUCACUUAACCGUUGUAAAGAAUAGUGGGAUUUUGGCCGAUAUGUUAAAAAAAGAAACGAAAAGAAAAAAAUUUAUGAGAUGGUCACCCUUAAUUUUUACGGGGUCCACCGUAACAUAUAUAAAGCAGAUGUACAGAUUUGAAAUAAUGUUGUGAAAAGUAAUGUUUUCACCAAUUAUGAUUAUCUAAAUUCUUU